AACAUUGCACCAUGAGAAACAGUCGAAGUUUAUGUGCAUUUAUGUUAAUUUACAGUGAUUUAUGAGACGGAAAUACGAGAAUGUUAAUGUUUAAUGAGAUAGAGAAACGAUGUUUAUGUUUGUGUUGAUAUAUUAUCAUGUUCAUUGGUGUUAAUUUACAGUGCUUCAUGAGAGAAAGACAAGCUUGUGGUGGUAAGGUGACCAGUGAGGGAGUUACGGUCGUGCGGGGGUCGUGAAACACCUAGCCUACCACAGUCGUCAUCGUCCACCACCCAGCCACUACACCCCCAUCGUCCUGUCGUCACUCCCAGGCCACCCAUUUUGUGUAUGGUCUGGUAUAACGUCAUCCUACCCAGAACUGCUUGAUCUGAUCGGUGUUCGUUGCUGGCCCCUCACCCACACCCCACCCAGACCGCCUCCCAGCCACUCCCGCCAUCCACUGACUCCACACCACCACCACCAUGGAGUUGCUCACUACUAAAAUCAUCGCCCUCACGUUGAUGGGGGUUCUCUCGCUGUUCUUCGGCCUCCUGCCGCUGCGGAUGAGAAAGUUCUUGGCUCACGGCAGCAGAAAGAGAGAUAGGAUCGUGAGCUGCCUUCUGUGCUUCGGUGGCGGGGUCCUCCUGGCCACUGUGUUCACCCAUAUGCUGCCGGAGACGCGGGAGAACUUCCAGGCGGCCUUCUCCCAGGAGGUGCUCACUGUAGGAGCCGACUACCCCCUGGCCGAGCUCGUCACCUGUGCCGGCUUCUUCCUCGUCUACUUCGUCGAGGAGUUCGUCCACAAGAUUUUCUUCAGACAAGACACACGCAAAAGCCGCAAGCUGACCAAACUCGCCGCCGCCAUCGAAGAGGAGAGCAACAACUCCUCCCACCAGCCCCACAAUCACCACCAUCACCAUCACCACCACCACCACGGCAGCCACAACCACCACCACCAUCACGCACACCACACCAACGGCCACCUCAUCCACAAGGAUGUCCCAAGCAAGCUGGAAGAGGCGCCCGUGGACAAGCAGGAACUGACGAGGUGUUCAGUAUAUUCGGUCACUGCCCCAGGAGAUGACGCUAGUGAUCUCACCCCCAAGUGUAGAUGGGCCGAGACUGGUGUGGACAACCCUGUGUUCGCUGGAGACUUGGACGCCACCACCUGGAACCCGGCCGUCAAGGAGUCCAUCGUCAGUAGCACCCAGUUGACGCCGACCACGCCCCAGGGAGCUGCCAGGGGAAGUACUGUGGUCCCUGAGAUGGUCCAGAUUAGCCAAACUAAUCACGGAGGUCACGGGCACUCCCACCUGGGCAUCACUAAGCUGGGGUCAAAGGGCAUCGCUUCUAACCUACGUUCUCUCCUGGUUAUUCUCGCUCUGUCCUUCCAU